AUCACAGACAUGACACCAGGAAGUCGUGUACAUGUACAUUAUACAUGUACACAUUAUAUAUGUAGCUUCACUACAUAGGUUACACUCCGAAUUGCAAACUCCGCGAGUUCUGGUGAAAACUUUUCAGAAGAAAGUUGUUUGUGACAAGAAUGACUGAGUAAGCUUUUCUAAUCAAUCUUUUCUUAUUAUCAGUGUGGAAAGAGUUCCAUCCUACGGACAACACUUGAUGCCCCUGGCCUCGUGGCUGUGCACAAACCUGGCGAGUGGUGGUACGGAGGUAUGGUAGAUUUGAUAUGUGUAGUUGCCUCCUGGGGGCGUGCUGCUGAUGCAAGUUCAUAAGGGGAUGCUGGUAAACAGAACUGCAAGCUUUGGACGGUGCCUUCUGACUACGCUGCAUUCAAUAGAUGCACCAUCGUCAUGACAACUGCCGGCUUUGUGUUCCUCCUGGUGCUCUUCCUGCAGCUCAUCGGCAACCUGCGGGCCAGCUGGCACACCAACCAUGCGGAGCGGGCAUGGCAGUACUGCAUCGUGGGUGCAGGCCCAGGAGGGCUCCAGAUGGGCUUCUUUCUGGAACGGGCGGGACGGGACUACGUGAUCCUGGAGAAGGCCAACACCAGCGGCGCUUUCUUUGUGACCUACCCACGACACCGCAAGCUGAUCAGCAUCAACAAGAGGCAUACCGGCAAGACCAACAAGGAAUUCAACUUAAGGCAUGACUGGAACUCCUUAUUGAGUGAUGACGAAAGCUUGCAGAUGAAAUAUUAUUCCAAAGACUUCUUCCCUCAUGCCGACACUUAUGUUCGGUACCUCAACGACUACGCCCGGAAACUACAACUCAACAUCAAGUACAACACCAACGUUCAAAACAUCAGCCGCUCUGCAAACAACGGAACGUUUACUUUCCAGGAUCAAGACGGCUACGGUUAUUCAUGCAGAAUCCUGAUCCUUAGCAGUGGCCUGUCCUUACCCCAUGAACCUCAUUUUGAAGGCAUCCAACACACUGAAGGCUACAGAACUGUCUCCUUAGACCCUGACGAGUUUGAAGGAAAGAGCAUCCUGAUUCUGGGAAGGGGCAAUUCGGCGUUUGAGACGGCCGAUCACAUUUUGGGGUCGACCAACGUCAUUCAUAUGGUUGCAAGGUCACGCCUGAGAAUGGCUUGGGAAACACAUUAUGUCGGGGAUUUGAGAGCCGUCAACAAUGGCCUUCUAGACACGUACCAGCUGAAGUCCUUAGAUGGCAUCCUUGAGGGCGACAUUCGUGAGAUGGCCAUCCUGAAACGGACGGACGGCCGUCUGAUCCUGGUGGAUCAAUACGAACUGGAGGCAGUCCUACAGGAGAACGUGACUGACUCGGAUAUCAACAGUCACAUGACUCGCAUCAUGCCGGAUAAUUUUGCCCUGAGGGAGCCCUAUGACAAGAUCAUACGUUGCAUGGGCUUCAAGUAUGACAAUAACAUUUUUAACGAUGAUACCAAACCGCACAGGGGAAGGAAGAAGCUGAAAAAAUACCCCAAGAUGUUUGCCAACUACGAGUCCGUGGACGUGCCGGACCUGUUCUUUGCCGGGGCGUUAUCCCACGCUGUGGAUUACCGCAAAUCGGCCGGAGGAUUCAUCCACGGAUUCCGAUACACUGCUCGUGCCUUAUUUCGAAUUCUCGAAGCCCGCUACCAAUCUGUGCCAUGGCCCUCCGUCAGAUUACCAAUCACAGAACUCAUCAACCACAUCAUCAAGAGGAUCAAUGAAGCUUCAGGAACCUAUCAGAUGUUUGGCAUCCUGGCUGAUAUCAUUAUCUUACAUAGUGAUGGUAUGGAGUAUGAGUACAUCGAGGAGUUUCCGCUGAAAUUACUCCCAGAGCUCUCCUCCGUCACCAGGCUGAAUGCCAGCCAAGUUAUUGUGGUCUCCAUGGAGUACGGCAAGGACUUCUCAGGGCCCGGCAAGGACAUUUUUGGACCACAGCGAGCCACGGCCCUGCCAGAGUUGGGCCACCUCUCCAACUUCCUACACCCAGUGCUAUACUACUACAGUGCCUUACCUACAGCUGAAGCUAUGGCCUCCCUGGACCCGAAGGACAUCCUUCCAGCUCCCGAUCGCCUUCAUCACAUCGUGGAAGACUUCCUGACCGACUGGACGGCACCUGUCAGCCACAUCCUGAUGCUGCGCCGAUUCCUGGAGUCCUGCCUGGGCAGCGACCUGCGCUACUUCUUUGACACGUCCUGCUUCCGUCUGAUCAUGACCCACACCACGCUGCCCAUACAGUGCCAGCAGCACUAUCUGCAAGAUCAAGGGUUGGAGGGCAGCGACCUGCAUUGGGAGUAUGUGGCCCAGAUGCAAUUGACUGAGAAUGGUGUUGUCCGCUCCUAAAAGGGGCGGCUUGGUCUGGAUACAAAGAUGAUGACAUUAUGAAACGAAAGAUGUUUUCACAUUGAAUGAAGGACAGACUCUGAGGAUUUUGAUUGAGUGGAAUUCCAGAACAGACAAUGUUAUUUUUGUUCAUCAUAGAAAAAGAUGGGACAGAUUCCAGCUCAGAAGGCAUAUCCAGCACUUUCUGAAAGUUGAGCCCAAAGUCCUUAUUUUGGAGCAUUUAGCUUUCAAAUAAAGCAAGCGGACUAUUUGAUUGAUGGCACUUAUCCCCCAAGUAAAUUUGGCUUUGCUCACCAAGCAACUUCAUAAUAUAGAACCCAGUCUAAAGUCAUGGCUGGUGAGUCUUCUUAUAUUGCGACUUUUGACACUUAGCAAAUGUAUUUGUAAUGAUAUACGGACUGUCUAUAGUUCCUCUUUUACGCUGUGUCCAAAUAAUUCUGUGGGCAGAAUAGUUGGUCUCUCGAUCUGUAGUUCAUUCGGCAGGGAGUGAUUAGGUCAAUUUUUAUCAAUGGCAGGUUGUUUCACAACCAUUAUGAUACUGGGUUGGGCAUAUAAAACUCAGUUAAACAGGGUCUUUUUGAGUAUGAUUUCUGAUAAUCAUGUGGUCAAGGGCUAAAUGUCUCUCUGUACAUUAUUGAUCAUUUUGAGAAGAGCUCCAAUUUGUUAUACUUUCUUUAAAGUAUUUUUGGCAAUUGUUUUGUUCAAAGUUUUGGGCAAAUCUUGUAUUAUGUCUUCUAAAAUAUUGUGUGUUUUUCAAACUUUGAAAUUAUAUAUCAGACUCUUCUUGCCAUUGUCGGUAUGUGAGGUACAUGUACAAUGUUUCAUUGAAAUGCCGGAGAGUCAGUACAUGUACUUGUAAUCAUGCAGAUUGUGUCACCAUAAUUUUACUUCAGAACAAAAAACAGGAGAAAAAAAUAGAAGACAAAGAUAAAAACAAAACAAGGCUGACUCCCAGCUUGAGCAUGUAUAUGUUUACUGGAUAAACUAUCACAAUGCAGGCUGUAUCAUUUAUUUUCUUUCAAUCUCAAAACAGUGACAUUCAAAACACUCCGAAAAUGGAAGUGAAGUUUGUCCCGGAAAUGUGUGACAGUACAGUUUUAUUUUAAAAAUUAGAAGUUUGGUUACCAGCAGUAACAGGGUCAGAAAGUGGGUCCUUUUCUGAGCUCAAACUCUAUUGUAAUAUAGUAAAUCAAGCUUACUUGUCGAGGCAUUGGUUGAAGUGUGGCCUGAAUGAAUUGUAAUAUGAAAGUGCGUGGACUUCCAGUUGCAGCCUGAAAUAGACUUAGGAAUAACUUAAAGAAAAGUGCCCAACUGGGUCACACCUCUAAUUUUCUCUGCAAAUACUUGUAUUUUUUUUUCAUAAUUUUUCCCUGCAAAAUAGCAGUAGUCAGAUUCCUUCCUACAUUUACAAGUCCAAUUAUUGAUGAGCCCACACUUUUCCCAGGGCUCAGUUGAUGUCCAAAACAUACUUCCAAAACUUGUAUCUCUUGUUUGUUUGCUCCCUUGGUAUUUGGCUGUGUGACCUAGUGGCUAGAGUUUGUAUCUUCCGAUCACGGGGUCGGAGGUUCAUGUCCUGCAUGUUGUGAUGUUGGGCAAGUCACUUCAUCCCUGUGUGCCUCUUUACACCUUGGAGGUAGUGGUGGUUAUUAUCUUUAGCUUUUUGCGUGUGACGUUACAGCACCGUGCUAAUAUCCCCAGGGAGCCGAGAUGGUCUCAGAUGUUGUGAGCCCAGUGUGCAGGUCUAAUACAUGUAUAAUAGAUCAACCUCUUUGAAUGACCGAUACUGUGAGAUACUGUGCGCCUUAUGGGUGCUUUGAUUUUAUUACUGUUUGCAUAGAAGGGUAUUCCUCCAUGCUAUUUGCAACUCGUGACGACUAAUUAGCCGAAGCUCAAGACCACUUAAUUGGCCAAGGCCAUAACUCCCAAUGUGCCACCUUCUCGCUCAGUACGCUUGGUGGAGUUCAGAAGAAAGAACUCAAAUUCUACAAACCGUGCCCAUUUUCAUUUUCCCACUUGAAUAUUAUGCAACUUGUAUAUUUUCUUAUGCAAGUUUAUGGUCUGAGCUGUAAUUCUGUUAGGGCCCACUUUUGAAAAUGGGUAGUAUUCCAUAAGCAUACUGUUGGAGGUAUAGUUCCUUAUGCUAAUAAAAUGUUUUCAUAGCGUAA